AUGAUCAGUCUUACUAUUAGUAUGAAGUAUGAAUGAUACUCAAUGCAAUUUUCUGCCUAAUGGAAUUACCCGUACGGGAGAUCAGUCAAGAUUCUGCUGAAAACGCCACACUUUCUGAGAGUCUUAGAGUUUCGGUUUAAUCUCAAAAUAUAUCCAGAUCUGAUAUUCACUAAAUACACUACAUAGCAGGACUGACACACUAGCAAUGGUCCGUUCAGAUAAUUGAAAAUGAAUUAAGAUCAACUUUUCAGAUACUCGUCCUCCGAUCAAAUACGUUCUCGACGUCACUAUCGCCUAUCCGAACGGAAUUCCGCUCUCUUUGGCCACUUUCGGACUGGGAACUCGCGAGAAGUGUGACAUUGCCGUCAACUACAAAAUCUACGACGCCACAGAGGUAAGGGAGGCGUUCCUGGUUCUUCCUCGACCGAUAAAAAGUUGCAAAACGCGCAAAAAGUGACGGGGCACAAACAACUCGGCUCGCUCACCUUUUCCUCGCUUUCCGAUCGGUCGAGCAUCCUUAGGGACCGAGAGUUUCUGAAAAUGAAAACAAUGUUUUAUAUAUUGUAGGUUCCGUUCGAGGACGAGGAGAAACUUCGAGACUGGAUGUACGAGGUGUACAAGGAGAAGGACGAGAUGCUAGGUAGGCAAGAGAGAGACAAAGAUCGGGUGAAAUCAUUCAGCGAGUCAGCAGAAAUCGAGUUGUUUGCUUCCUCGGCGGCCGGGGACAAGAACGGUAUCUGAUAAAAUGAGUGGGCAUCAGAAACCGCCUUUUCUCCGAUUGAGCAAACUCUAAAAUAGGAAGACAAGGAAUAACGGCAAACUGAAUUGUUUCGAAACUUGGAAAGUGAAUGAGAGCGGCGGGCGAUGCAAUUCAACCGCCAAUUAUACUUGUUUCGACCUUUUUGCGCCCUUUCCCACAGUCCAUUUUUUUUAAUAGAUCAAAAAGAUAAGAAGAAUUGAGGGUCUGAAGGGGUUUGUUGUUUUUGGAGAAAACAAUAGUGUUACAUGCAACCAAAACCUAGACAGAAAUUUAGAUAUCAUAGAAAGUCGGAUAAACAGUUUGUUGCAACGCGAAAAUCAUUUGGUAGGCCGAAAAAGAUUGGGGUGGAACUAAUGAUAAGACGCGAGAUUCGACCUUCGCACCUUCCGAUCAAUCUUUUUCGGUGAAACUUGCAGUUGGAAGAGAGAGAGAGAGAGAGAGAAAAAGAGAGGAGCAACUGAUAGUGGGCGCACGUUUCGGGGUUUCCCUCAAGGAUUGCGUAAGAUAUCGGAAGGGGACAAAGGUCAUUUUGGAAGAAGAUGAUGGUCAUCAUGUUAGCAAGUUCUGGGAAAAGAUCAGAGGACGAGCGAACGUCACAGAUUACCUGAUUGUUUGGUUUUCAGCUCGAUACUACGCGACGGGCGAGUUCAAUCCGGGCGAGAAGGGCACCCGGAUCGCCUUCUCGUGGGCCAAAAUCAUCGGAAUGUACGCCUUCUGGUUCGGAUCGUUCUAUGCACAGUACCACGUCUACUCGUACAUCAUCUCCUCCAUCGCCAACUUUCUCUUCUUCCCCUUCUCUUCAUAA